AUGGAGGUGGACAGCCCUAGCGGUCUGUCGUCCACUCCCGCGCAGGACCGGCGCAAAUCUGGUCGAGUGUCGCGGCGACCAGACAUAUUUUCGCAAAGCACACACUCUUCUGAAAUAAAUGGCAGUGGCAAACGAAAGCGCGGGGACGCGCAAGGCGCCGAGGAUGAUGAAAACCUGUCUUCAGAGUCGGAGAGCGACGAUGCGAUCGACGAUGAUACUGACGAGGAGGAGCGAAAAGCAAAACAACGCGCCGCUCGCAAGUCCGCCCCUAAGAAAAACAUGCCAAAGAGAACAUCACACGCUUCAAAGAAACCAAAGGUUGCAGGCAACGGGGUGGGAAGACAACUCGCCUUCCGGCCCGCCCUCAAUGGCAAACUCCCGGCCUCGCGUCCUCGCAAGCAGCCCAAGGUGCGACCUAGCUUAGCGGCAGGCGAGCAUGGACUCUAUGCUGAGGUCUUUGGCAAGAGCAACAACGCCGACACUGUAGCGGCGCAGUUCCUAAAACUAUACCAGCACGACAAUGGAGCAGCAAUUCGGGACCUAAUCAACUUCGUGCUCAGAUGCACCGGAGCUGAUCUGGAGAUCAGUACAGAAGAGGUGGAGGAUGUGGACCAUGCCCCAAAUCGAAUCAAAGAUUUGCAGGCCCUCUACCAGGCGGAAGGGUUCACUGACUACCCGCUGAUCUCUCGAGCAAAGAAGUAUGGGGCUUUCCAACCCGUGCUCGAGGAGUUCACAGUUGCCCUCAUUCACACUUUCCACCAUUCCUCGCUUUUGUACACUGAUGAGUCCCUCAUGGAGAACAUCCAAAUUUGGCUUUCCUCUAUGUCAACUGCCGGCUGUCGUCCAUUUCGGCAUACGGCAACCGUCAUUUCUCUGGCAAUAAUGAACGCCUUGUGUGAUAUCGCGCGAGAGGUUACAACGACCUUGUCGACUUCUCGUAAACAAGUUGAAAGUGAGAAGAAAAAGAAGUCUGUGAACAAGGGCAGGGUCGAAGCCAUCCAAAAGGCUAUCUCGGAAGGGGAAGCAAAGGCGCAGCAACUGGACGAGCUAUUGCAGGACGGAUUUGACACUGUAUUUGUCCACCGUUACCGCGACAUCGACGGAAAUAUCCGUGCCGAGUGUAUUGCAGCCAUGGGUGGAUGGAUUCGCACAUAUCGGGAGUACUUCUUUGAGGGUCAAUACCUGCGAUAUAUCGGAUGGACUCUUGCCGAUGUCACUCCGACUACUCGGCUGAUCGCCCUGUCGCAACUAAUUCCUCUCUAUGAAAACAAGGAUAACAUCGGUGUUCUUCAUUCCUUUACCGAGCGUUUCCGUCAACGAAUUGUUGAGAUUGCUGUUCAGGAUACCGAGAUUACUGUGCGUAUCGCUGCUGUCCAACUGCUUAUUCAUCUUCGAGAUGGAGGAUUGCUUGAGCCGGACGAUAUCGACUCUGUUGGUCGGUUAGUUUUUGAUGUUGACCCUCGAAUCCGGAAGACUGCGGGUCAGUUCUUUGUUGUCAAUGUCCAAGAUUCGGUCGAGUCUCUUACAGAAGAGGUGGAAGAGGAGCUGAAUGAGAUGUUCCCUGAUGAUGAUGAGGACGAUUACGAGUCACCCAAGCGUUCGUGGAUCAAGUUUAAGUGCCUGGCGGAUCUAUUCCAGACCUAUGAUGCACAGGAAGGUGAAAAAUCCGAGGUUCUGAUUACCUCCCGAGUCGUCCUUUCGGGAGCCCCAGCGGAUUCACGAUUUGUUUUGGCAACUGAAGCCAUCUACCCUCACAUGGAGGAGCUCUCCCAAUGGCAGUCUCUGGCUGGGUAUCUGCUGUAUGAUCAUUCUCAAAUUGUUGAUGACCCGUCCGAGGAUGAUACCACAGGAGUUGUUCGCAAUCUGUACAAGAUGCAGGAGGGACUAGAAUCAAUUUUGCUUGAAGUUCUAUGUGCUGCUGUCAAAAUCCGGGUACUUGAAAUUACCAAAUCCGACAUUGACAAACGGGGAAGAAAGGUCAAGGCGCUAACGGCCAAGAUUCCUGAGCUCCAGGAAGAGAUAUCUCACAAUCUCGCUCAAAUAAUCCCACAACUUCUCAACAAAUUUGGCUCCUCCCCAGAAGCUGCAUCCGCUGUUCUACGACUGGAGCAUCUGGUAGACCUCGAUACCAUUCAAGAUCUUCAGAAGGAUGCCACCGCGUAUUCUUCCUUGCUUACAGACAUUAACCGGCAAUUCCUGACCCACUCAGAUCAAGAUGUCUUGGCGGAAGCUAGCGUGGCUUUGCUGCAUGCGAAAAGCUCCGAGGAGAUGCGAGAUGCAGUUGAAGGCAAGGUGCAGGAGCUGUGGGAUGACCUGGUGGAGACCCUUGGUGCCUUGUCUCGCAAGAAGGAUGUUCGAAACAAUAGCUCCAUUGCUGACCCUACUUUAACUGAACUCACCAACACUGUGACGCGCAUUUCGAACCUUGCUGGUAUCACGGACAGUACAGCGAUUCUGGAAACAGUGCCAACCUCGCAUUCGAAGUCUAAAAAAGAUCAUCUUGAAGCUCCAUUCAAUACCCUGAUUCACCUCACCUUACGUGGCGUCCGUGAACAAGAUGACGAUGAAGAUAUUGCCAGAACAGAAACCGAACUGGUGACUCGAAGCAUUAAGACAUUGUUGUUUUACUUUAUGUGGAAAGUACAGGCUCUAUCAUCCGCCCUGAAUGAGGGCAAUGCAUCUUUCAACACAUCGUACUUUGAAGCGCUUACAAAAAGUCGUGAGACCUUCGCAUCAUCUCUUCUCCAGAUUAUUGAGAACCGUCCUGGACUUGAUGAUGUACGCUUUAUGGCCACUACUACAUACCUCGACCUCCAAACACUAUUCAGCACACUCCGCAACAUAGGCCAAGGCAUUGGCAACGACGAAGAUAUCAUUUUCCAGACUCAAGGCCUGGUACAUGAAACCUCACCAGAGGCCCAGGCUCUCAUCACCAAGGUUCACGCCAUUGCCGAGCGCACUUUUGCCAAGAAAUCCGGCAAGAAUCUUGAGCUCGCCGAAGACGACGAACCGGAAUCCGAUGACGAAUCUGAGGAUGAUGAAGAGGGCGACGACUCUGAAGACGAAACAGUGGCUAACGAGCGUCUUCGUGCCAGCAUUAUUGCCGAGCAGCGCUUAUGCGAAUUGACCGGCAAGAUCGUCUUGGCUAUCAUCGGCCGGGUCGUCGAUGCCUCUGGCUCAAAACGUGGUACAUGGAAGAAGCGCUUGCUUCGGAACAAGAACUCACUUGGUCCGAAUUACCGCGAGGUCUUGUCCUACAUGGAAGAGCGCAAGCCUCGCAGCGCACCCCGCAGCAAGGGUAAACAACCUGCUAAGACAGCAGCUGAGGGCCAGACACCCGGUGGCACCGGAGGCAAAGACUUCAAGUCCACCGAGCGGAUCGACGAUGAAGAUAGUGACCACGCUGACCCCGCGGAAGAGGAUGACGAAGAAGACCUGCGUGCUCGUGAACUUGUCGAGGAAGACAUUGAUCAUGAGAAUGAUGAGGAAGAGUUGAAUAAUGGCACACCUGAACCGGAUGAGGAUGAGGUCAUGGGUGAUUAA